AUGGGCGGGCUGAUAGCGCUGGCGCGCGGGGAGGCGCACAUUGCAGGUUCGCACCUGCUGGAUGAGGCGACCGGCGAAUAUAACCUUUCGUUUAUCCGGCGCUUCCUAAGAGGCAGAAACGUCGUAGUGGUCAAUCUUGUGCAGCGCAUACAGGGGCUUAUCCUGCCGAAGGGCAAUCCGCAGGGCAUUGAAAUUCUGGACGAUCUGACGCGUGACGGCAUAGUGUUUCUCAAUCGGCAGCGAGGCUCAGGGACGCGCCUGCUGCUUGACUACAAGUUGAACGAGUUGGGCAUCGAACCCGAUAGCAUUCAAGGGUACGACCGCGAAGAGUACACGCACCUUGCCGUCGCCGCUGCUGUUGCGGGCGGUCGCGCUGAUGUGGGCUUGGGCAUCCUGUCUGCUGCUAACGCGAUGGGGCUGGACUUUGUGCCUCUGCUGUCAGAGCAGUAUGACCUUGUGAUACCUUCAGAACACUAUGAGAGCGAGAGAGUGCGGUUUGUACUGUCGCUCAUUAGAAGUGACGCAUUCAAGGCUGAAGUGAAUGCCCUUGGUGGGUACGAAACCGCGACGAUGGGGCAUGUGGUGGCGGAGCUGGACUAG